UCUUCCCUCCCUAGUAUUGUUGUUGUUCGGCACGCAGAGGAAAAACGAAGAAAAGUUUUGGAAAACCGUGUGGAAAUUGAUACUCUCACGGCCCAAUUGAGACCCCGCAGUGCGCGAAAAGUUGCCGUCGAAAUGGCUGAAACCCAACGGCUCUGACGGCCUGCUCCGUCACCACCUUCCUAAUCCCCGCCUGGAGCGGGGUGCCGAGGGUUAAAACUCUUGAAAAUAAAGUGUUAAGUGCAAUUAGAUGCCAGUGGCAAAUGUUCGACUGCUGCAGCAAAAAGCAUAAGCUGCAAUGAUCUCGCCGGAACAAGAAGAGGUGAAUAUGGUCCUGGAUCGCCAUGUGCGCCAGAACAUCCAGGACAUGAUGCACGAGGCCCAUGUCCAGGCGAGCCUGUUGGAGAGCGAAGCUGCAGGUCGCGACCGCUUUCAUUCCGACUCCAGCUUGGACCAGGAUUCCCUUCAUGCGGACGACUCCAUGGCCGUCAUAUGUGACACCCUGUCCGCCGACGGGAUCGUGGAGGAGGACCUGACCCACGAACACGGCGGUGGCGAUGGCAACGAGGUGCAGAACUACCACGAUAUGAUGGUGGACACGGACCACCACAUCGACAUCAAUGGAUCGCUGCGCAAACGCCGUGGGAAUCUGCCCAAGCACUCCGUUAAGAUCUUGAAGCGCUGGCUCUACGAGCACCGCUACAACGCAUACCCCAGCGAUGCGGAGAAGUUUACACUCUCCCAGGAGGCGAAUCUGACGGUGCUCCAGGUGUGCAACUGGUUUAUUAACGCCCGUCGCCGCAUUUUGCCCGAGAUGAUCAGACGCGAGGGCAACGAUCCAUUGCAUUUCACGAUCUCGCGACGUGGCAAGAAGGUCAGUCCCAACUCCUCGGGAUCAAGCUCAGGAGCGUUGGGCCUGAACUUGGCCGGGACUCCCAAUCCCGUACAUGGAAGUCCCGCCUCCGAAGUGGUCGUUGGCGCCACCGAGGAGGUAGACGGCGCCGGUGAGGUCCACGAGGGCAUUGCCAAUGUCCUGACCAACUUCGAACAGUAUGUGCAGGGCCCCAACGGGCAAAUGGUCAAAAUGGAGCCGGAGUACGAGGACAGCGUUAUCUACAGCUGGCAGCAGGCCAUUGCAAACAAUCCGAUGGGCUUCCAAAGUCUUCACUCCUCGCUGCAAGCAACCAUGAUAGAUAAAAUCCAGAACUACCAGAUGCGCAAGGCGGCGGCCAUCGGGGGUUCGGCAACCUCCAGCACCGCUGGGAACUCCAGCUCCAGCUCCAAUGGCGCCAGCUCCAUACUGCCGUACAGCCUGUUUGGCCAACUGCCGCCAGAGUUCGAUGAAGAGAAAUCAAAUCCACCGAAGCGCGGUCGAAAGAGGCAGGCAACGGGACGGCAGGGGGAGAAGAGCAAGCAAGCGAAGCCGCAGGCCGAAAAUCGAGAGGAGGUGACGGUGAUCUGCUCUCAGGACGAAUUCGGCAGCUUCGUGGUGGCGCCUAGGUCCGAGGGCGAGGAGAGCGGCCAGGGCUACGAGUCCUGUGAGCAGAACAGCGAGGGGGAGGUGCGCUUCGAGACCUCCGAUGAUUGGCAGAGCGUGAUGAAGACCGUAUUCAGCACAGAGGAAGUUACCACUUCGGGUGGCAACAAUCCAGGUACUUCUGGCUCCAAGGGACCUGCUAAAAAUGCUGCCUUUUUGAGUUCCAACCAGCAGAUGGCCAAGCGUGAAGGAAACCAACAAUUGGCAGCCCCAGCUAAUGAGGCGAUGCAGGCCUCGGAAUACGAGACCAUGUUGCCGACUAGUUCCGAUCAACAGGAAGUAGGUGAUAAUCUGCAGGCUGACGACGUGUUCGCCAGCACAGUGGCGGAAAUGGUGCACAAUCUGCCUUCGCAGUCAUCCCAAAAUUCCAGUCGAGAGGAGCGUGACCAGUACAAAUGUCUCUAUUAUCUGGUGGAGACUGCUAUGGCCGUGCGCCAGACUGACGACGUCCAGGACGAGGAAUUUGUCUACAUGGGCGACUAGAGCCCCGAACCCACUAGCCAUGCAACAGAUCUCGACGAUCCGUUGUGCAGAAGCGUGUAUAUAUAUUUAUAUUUUAGUGAUACGAUCGUACGGCAGGCUCGCAUACUAGAGCCCUAACCUUUGUUAUUAUGUUGAUUGAUUAGGCUACUAACUAAAUGUACAAAUCAAUAGAUCAAUUUACAAUUCGAUUGCCCAGUCAAUUAUGCAUUUUUGCCGAGUCAAUUCAUGCCCAGUUCUUAGCAAAGAUCAAGAGCGGGUCACGAUUAUUUCAAACUAAACACAAUUGUGAAUAUUACUGGUCUUUAAAUAAACCAAAAACCAUUGCAUUUGCAAUACACCACAA